AUGCUCUCCUCAACUCUCUACGCAGGGUUGCUCUGUUCCCUCGCAGCCCCAGCCUUUGGCGUGGUGCACGAGAAACUUUCAGCUGUUCCCAGCGGCUGGACGCUCGUCAAGGAUGCAUCGGAGAGCGACACGAUCACACUCUCAGUCGCCCUUGCUCGGCAGAACCUCGACCAGGUCGAGUCCAAGUUGACGACACUGGCGACCCCGGGGAACGCGGAGUACGGCCAGUGGCUGGACCAGUCCGACAUUGAGUCCCUAUUCCCUACUGCAAGCGAUGAUGCUGUCAUCCAAUGGCUGAAGGAUGCUGGGAUUACUCAAGUGUCUCGCCAGGGCAGCUUGUUGAACUUUGCCACCACAGUGGGAACGGCAAACAAGCUCUUCGACACCAAGUUCUCCUACUACCGCAAUGGUGCUUCGCAGAAACUGCGUACCACACAGUACUCCAUUCCCGACAGCCUGACGGACUCGAUCGAUCUGAUUGCUCCCACUGUCUUCUUUGGCAAGGAGCAACGAGAGAGCACACUGCCACCUCACACAGUGAAGCUUCCAGCCCUUCCUAGGAGGGCAGCCGCCAACGACUCUUGCGCGAACCUCAUCACUCCCGACUGUCUGGUGGAGAUGUACAACCUCGGCGACUACAAGCCUGAUCCAUCUUCGGGAAGUCGAAUCGGCUUUGGUAGCUUCUUGAAUGAGUCAGCCAACUAUGCGGAUUUGGCUGCUUAUGAGCAGCUGUUCAAGAUCCCAUCCCAGAACUUCUCUGUUGAACUGAUUAACGGAGGUGUCAAUGAUCAGAAUUGGGCUACUGCUUCCCUCGGCGAGGCCAAUCUGGACGUGGAGUUGAUCGUAGCCGUCAGCCACCCCCUGCCCGUAGUGGAGUUUAUCACUGGCGGUUCACCUCCAUUUGUUCCCAAUGUGGACGAGCCCACCGCUGCAGACAACCAGAAUGAGCCCUACCUCGAGUACUACGAGUACUUGCUGUCUAAACCCAACUCCCAGCUUCCUCAGGUGAUUUCCAACUCGUAUGGUGACGAUGAACAGACUGUUCCCGAGUACUAUGCCAGAAGAGUGUGCAACCUGAUCGGCUUGAUGGGUCUUCGUGGUAUCACGGUGCUCGAGUCAUCUGGUGACACCGGAAUCGGCGCGGCUUGCAUGUCCAACGAUGGCACCAACACUCCCCAAUUCACCCCUCAAUUCCCUGGCACCUGCCCUUUCAUCACCGCAGUGGGUGGUACACAGUCCUAUGCUCCUGAAGUUGCCUGGGACGGCAGCUCGGGCGGAUUCAGCAACUACUUCAGCCGUCCCUGGUACCAGUAUUUAGCGGUGGAGGACUACCUCGAAAACCACAUUACCGAGGAUACCAAGGACUACUAUUCUCAGUACACCAACUUCAGGGGCCGUGGAUUCCCUGAUGUUUCCACCCACAGCCUGACUCCUUACUACCGCGUCGUCUUGACUGGCAAACAAUACAAGUCCGGCGGCACAUCCGCUGCCGCCCCCGUCUUUGCCGGUAUUGUCGGUCUGUUGAACGACGCCCGUCUGCGCGCCGGCAAGUCUACCCUUGGCUUCCUGAACCCAUUGCUCUAUACCAUACUGGCGGACGGAUUCAAGGACAUCACGGCCGGAGCCUCUGUUGGUUGUGAUGGUAUCAACCCACAGACCGGCAAGCCAGUCCAUGGUGGUGGUAUCAUCCCCUACGCUCACUGGAAUGCUACUGAGGGCUGGGAUCCCGUCACCGGCCUUGGUAUUCCUGAUUUCAUGAAGUUGAAGGAUUUGGUCUUGUCCUUGUAA